GCCAGCUGGCGCCACCUUUUCGCCACGUCGCGUGGGCUGACGUCAUUCGCCGAUUCCACGGCCCGAGAUUCCGCUGUUGGCCAGAGGGUGGAGGCAGCCAUAUUGUGAACUUCCGGAACCGCAAGAUCUGACUCAAAAAGCACCAAUACAGGCUCCAAAGUUACCAGUUCCACGCCGCUAAAGAAGCCCGAUACAACCAAAAUGUCCACGAUGAAUCCGGAAUACGAUUAUUUAUUCAAGCUACUGCUUAUCGGUGACUCGGGGGUGGGCAAGUCCUGUCUCCUGCUGAGGUUUGCGGACGACACCUACACAGAAAGCUACAUCAGCACAAUUGGUGUUGAUUUUAAAAUACGGACGAUAGAGCUAGAAGGAAAAACUAUCAAGCUACAGAUUUGGGACACGGCGGGACAGGAGAGGUUCCGCACCAUCACGUCGAGCUACUACCGAGGAGCGCACGGGAUCAUCGUGGCCUACGACGUCACAGACCAGGAGUCCUUCAACAAUGUGAAGCAGUGGCUGCAGGAGAUCGACCGCUACGCCUGCGAGAACGUCAACAAGCUCCUGGUGGGCAACAAGAGCGACCUCACGACCAAGAAGGUGGUGGACUACACCACGGCCAAGGAAUUUGCGGACCACCUGAACAUCCCGUUCCUGGAGACGAGCGCCAAGAACGCCACCAACGUGGAGCAGGCCUUCAUGACGAUGGCGGCGGAGAUCAAGAACCGCAUGGGGCCCCCGACCACGGAGGCGAACCUGCGCUCGGAGGGCAAGAUCAACCCAGGCACGCCCGUCCAGCCGCGGGGCUCGGGCUGCUGCUGAACCGCCGGGGACGAGCCCUCACCCCCACCACACCCUCCCCCUCCCUCCUCCUUCGUUAAAACCACGAGACUCCUCCGCUCCGAGCAGACAACAGGAGUCUUUUGUUUUUAAGCCGGUUUUUGUUGUCGAUUCAGUUCCUUCGUCUGCCGCUCCCGAGGUAGUCCCGUGUUGAGCCUUUUUUGUUUCUUUUUUCUUUUUCCCCCCAACCUUGGGCCGCUUUGGCGUCUCUCCUGAAGGGUGGCGUUCCUCCGAGUGAAUGGCGUGGUUGGGAGUGAACCGCGCAGACGUCCCGGCCUCGCCGAUCGUGUGCGUCGUUUGGCUGUCCUUUGUUUAUUGCGGCACGGUGUUUUCAUAUCUGCCGCAGCAAAGUCGCGUUGGCGUCGGGCGCCGAAAGUAACUUAUAUACCUUACGAUUGCGCGCGCGUGCGUUUUUGCAUGUAGGACGCGGGGAUCUUGCCGCGAAAAUAAACCGAGGGUGGCAUUUUUUUGUUUUUAGUAGUUUCUUUUCGUAGGGAAGGGCUCGGCGUGAGGCAGAGUUGUCAUCAAAAAGGGGAGGAACGUAAUUGUGAAGAGUGCUUGCUCUCUUUUUGCGCUGUUCGAAUGUGGUACUUUGGGGACUGGGCUUGGGACUGACGCCAAGGGGGGAGGGGGGUGUGUGGGAAGGUUGCUGUGGGUUUCGUCGUACCCUGCUCGCUGUGUGCUUGCCUCAAGACUAUUGACUUAGCAUUCCACACCCGAGGGACGAGGCCAUGCCCCAGCAGAGUACGUCUUGGAACGUGCAGAGUUCAGAAACGAGAGAUAGCUUGCUUGUUUUCCUGGGAGGAGUAGAGUUUUUUUGCAUCGUUUUUUUCACUGUCUCUUAUUUCCUGGACUGCUUGUAUUUCUUGCUUUACAUAUAAAUAUAUAUAAUUAUAUAUAUUCACCAACACAUGUACAUACGAGGCAGGGGCUGUGUCGGGAGUCGAUGUGCGAAAGGCGCUUUGCCCAGUUUUUUUUUCCCGAUUGGCAAGGGGUGGGGGGUACGUCUAGAAUUUUGUGUCCAACCAAGCUGGCUCUGGUUUUAGAAGGCUCUGGGGUCUACGGAACUUCGUGAUUUUCGAGAUUUGUUUUUUUUGUAUCUGGAUGCCGCCUCGUGUACGGCAAGCCCCGUGUGGAGCCCUUUUGUCGCAUUGUAUGGUCGUCCGGUCCACGGAAAAAAAGAACUGUAUGAUUUAGUGUAUAUUGAAGCGUAUUAAAAGCAAUCUUUGUUGGGCA